AACAAAAAAAUAAAAUAAUUUUCCACACCACUACACUAAUUUUUCCGAUGAUGGUAGUUUGAUAUUUGGUGAAGAGUGAAAAUGGAAGAAGAAAAAGCUGCAGCAUAUUACGAUGAGCUCACUCGAAAAGGUGAGGGAGCCGCAAAAUUCAAACAAGGUCUCGGCUUUUCCACCUCCACAUCAAACGACGCCGUUCCCAAACCCGGUUCAGCCCUCGUCUCUUCCUCUUCCUUUCUCUCCCAAUUCGUCAAAGCCUCUUCCUCCACCGACCCACCCGAGCCCGAUAAAAAAGCCCAGCUUCAAUCCAUUCAAAACAAACUCAAAAAGAAACCCACCACCGAAUCUAGGGUUUCCGAGAAAACCAAUCACGGUUCUUUUUCCAGGGAAAGUGAUAGAAGCAGAAGGCGAAGCAGGAGUAGAGAGAGGUACAGAGAAAGAGGUAGGGAUUCGAGGAAGCGAAGUAGGAGUAGAGAGAGAUAUAGAGAUCGUGAUAGAGAUUGUGAUAGAACCCGAAGCGAUUCGGAUGAUGAUAGGAGGAAAAGGGAAAGAGAGAGAGGGAGACGGAGGAGUAGAAGUGUUUCUCCUCGUAAACAACGUAGGUCUGAGGUAAAAACAAAGGAUGUCAGGGAAAUGGUGAAGGGGAAGAAUGUUGGAGUUGAUUAUGCAAAGCUAAUUGAUGGUUAUGAUAAUAUGGCACCUGCUGAAAGAGUCAAAGCCAAGAUGAAACUUCAACUUUCUGAAACUGCUGCACGGGAUUCAGAAAGAGGUGUGGGUUGGGAGCGAUUUGAGUUCAACAAAGAUGCCCCUCUCGACGAUGAGGAAAUUGAAGUUGCUGAAGAUGAUGCAUCCUUAGUCAAGCACAUUGGCAAUAGUUUCCGGUUUUCGGCAGUCGAGUCCAAAAGGGAAGAGCAAAUUCAAACUGCCCACGAUGAAGCUAUGUUUGGUGGUGCUACAGCUCCUCCGCCUCCCAUCAGUAUAGACAGUGAACCUGAAAAGGAGAACGAGAAGGAGGUUGAUAAUAAAAAAGAACUGGUUUCAAGCCUCUUAAGUGAAACAGUGCUGGCAAAGCAUAAAGGGUCUUGGCGAGAUCGGGUUCGUCAGUCAUAGAGUUUGCACCUUGACUUCGAUGCGUGUGUUGGAAAACCUGGCCAAAUGUCACAUGGAUAGUGGCGCACUACAUUCAAUUUUGCAACUGGAAUCAGUAUGCAAUUUGCUUGGUUUCGAUAUAUCUGAGGUGGGCUUUAACCAUGUAUUCAACUUGUACAUGGUUCCCUAUGUAAUAGCCAUUAUUUUCAAGCAUAUCCCUCUAGCGAGGCAGGCAGGCUGUGUAUGCGGAUGCUUAAAAGGGGAAGCCCAUAAGAAACAUGCUUCCCUUUCAUGUGAUGUCAGUGUAAGAAUUAUUAUUUAUAAACAAAAAAGUUCAGUUUCAAUACAGAGUCUCAAAUUUGCAGCAUCACUAAGUGAUGGGGGAUGCUGAGGUCCUAAUACAUGUCAAGUUCGCAGGAGUGAUUCUUGUAUUGUAAUGCUAACACGUAAUAAAAGACAUUUAGGGCAAGAAUUAAUUGCUUUCAUUAAUUUCAUCUGACAAUAAACAACCUUGACCGUACUUA